GCCUCCUGGGGUCGGCAUAAUAAAAAUAGCCGUUCGCUGCUGUUAUGGGUCAUUGACGCGCGUUUGGUGCCGCUGAACCAUGCACCCCUUAAGUGUAAAGCACGCGAGCAGCCGCGACUGGCUGUAUCCCGCUCUAAUAUUGAUCAACACGCUGAACGGUCCCGGCUUCGUCGUGCUCGCGGAGGCCGGCCGGCAGGCCGGGGCGCUCGGCGCGGUGCUCCUCGUCGCGGCGUUCGCGCUGCUCGCGACCUUCUCCGCUCGCCGCGCCUGCGCCGUCGCCCGCGAGGCCGAGGCGCACAAGAUCGAGGGCGGCGGCGCCGACCUGGCGGGGCCGUGCCGCACGCUCUGGGGCGGGCGCGGGGCCCGGGUCGCGGCGGCCGCCUGCGCCACGGCCCUCCUGGCCUGCGCCGUGGCGCAGAUCGUCCUGUGCGUCCAGCUCGCCGACGCGCUGGAGGAGGCGCUGGUCGGGCGGCGCUGCGGCGUCGUGGUGCGGCUGCCGUCCCUCGAGCUGACCGGCAAGGCGGCGCUCUUCUACGCGGGCUGCCGGCCGGCGGCCGAGCCGCUCCCGGCGCCGGCCCUGGAGGCGUCCGUCGGCGUGCUGCUGACGCUCGCCCUCGCGCGGCUGGCCCGCCGGGCCGAGGGGCCGCGGACGCAGGGCGUGGGCUUCGCGUGCUUCUGCCUCGGCGCCUGGCGCUGGGGCGCGUACCUCCGGCGCGAGACGGUCGCGGACCGGGCCGUGGCCUGGCUGGGCCCGAGCCCGCUCGCGGCGGCCCCGGCCGUGUGCUUCAACUUCGCGUGCGUGCUCGCGGUGCCGCCGCUGGCCCUGCGGGGCCGGGCCGAGGCCGCCGCGCGGGGCGCGGGCGCCGCGUGCCUGUUCAUGGCCCUGGCCUACGCGGCCGUGGCCGUCCUCGGCGCGGGCGGCGCGCCGACGGCGCCGUCGGCCGACGCGCUGCUGGCGACCGGGCGCGCGUCCGACCUGGCCGCCGUGUUCUUCCUCUUCGUGUCGCAGCUGGCGGCGAUCCCCACCUACCUCGCGGGCGCCGACGGCCUGAUCAAGGCGCACCUCGUCGCGGCGGACGCGCGCCGCGCCGACGCGCUGGCGGCGGCGGCGGCGUGGGGCCUCGCCAUCGCCGCGCACGAGUCCGAGCUGUUCGUCUCGAUCGUCGACUGGACGUCCCUCCUCCUGCUGGGCUUCACGAACUUCUCGCUGCCGCUCGUGCUGGACGUGGCCUGGGGCCACCCCGGGCUGGCGGGCGAGGCGUGCCCCGUCGCGCUGCGGCGGCUGUCGCGCGCGCUGGCGUCGCUCACGGUCGCGGGCUUCGCGGCCCUCGUGUGCCGCGAGGCCGGCGCGCCGUGGUUCGUCGUCGCGGCCGUCGCCGGCGCGGCCGCGGGGAGCCCCCUGCCGGCGGGGCGGAUGCCGCGGUCGGACUCCAGGGACUCCGUCGUGUAG